UUAUUACUUGGGACAACAUUCAUUUUCCCUAUCCCCGAACUACUUUUCCACCCCAGAUUUUAACGGAGUGGUUUUUUCCUUACCUCCACUACUACAAUUAAACAUUCAAGAAAAAAGGCUCUCUCUCAAAAAGGCAUAUAUUACAGCGACCCCUUUCUCUCCCGUUUAUACGUACAGAGAACACAUACACGCCACGCAAAAAAAAUAAAAGAAUAGAUGGUUGACGGAGUAAAGUAGACAGCCAUACAUACAUACAUACAAACAAAAACAAGAAUAUGUGUCCAUUGUUAUUGUUGUUGACCUCGUGCCGCUGUGUGUUGGUGUAUUAAUAUAUAGGGUGGAAACUUUCUCACUCGAAGACAUUCCGCUGGCGAUGCCCUCCGAUCAAGCAACUCAUCAACACGCAUGGCUUUUUCCUCGUCGUCGACGUCGUGGUCAUCCUACAACCCACCUUCGAAUCCUACCCAUGAAUGCCGAGAAUUUAACGCUCCCGAAGGCAUCUAUCAACUUGCCCACCAAGCUUUCUUCAGGUCACUGACGCCUCACUUUGGCAUUGGUUCAACUGCCACUCUUGUCUCGAUCAAAUACAAAGAAACGACACCCAAUUACCUUCAACGUUAUGAGCCUCAACCCGGGGCACGCUCAUUUCGUCGCAUAUUUGCAUCUUCGUCUUCUUCUGGUUCUCACGUCCAUAACCAUACACAUUCAGACGAAGGUGGUGGUGCCGGUAGUAGUUCUCGUACACCUUCUUUGUCCAGCAGUUCGUCAAGCUAUAACAGAAAUAUAAAUAACAACAGCAAACAUCAUCACAACAGCAACAGCAAUACGCCUACAAUGAAUAUUUUUACUGGCUUGUCCACACCUGUGUCUCCCUCCUCUGUUCCCGAAGGCCACGCAGUCAGUAAUAACAGUAACAGCAUACCCAGACUCGGUUCUUCUUUGGAAGGCCCGUCAUUUUUAUCCACCUCGCCCCCUCAUAUCCUUUCACCGUCACCAUCCACAAGCACGACCUAUAGCACAAGCAAUUAUACGCAUCAUACGAUUACUACUACUGCUACUACCAGCAACAACAACAACAACAACAAUAGUAGUAGUAGUAGUAGUAGUAAUAGCACUAGUAACAAUAAUAACGGAGGUGGAUUCUCGUUCUUGUCUAGAAACACUUCAGUCAACACCCGCCGCAACAAGUCCUGGACAACUAAUAUCACAAAGACAACAUCUAGCUUUGUCAGUCGGAUCAUCACCAAUGGACAGCUUGCCAAGAUCUUGGUUGCUAGGACGAGCGAGGAUACGAAUUUGUUCUAUAACUGUGGGAAUAGUUUUGUGUGGGUUGAUGCAUUUGGUCAUCCAAAGGUAGAACUUUUAAUAAUGAUGGAAUUGCUCUUUUUUUUUUCUAGAAAGACAAUGAUAACCCAACUGAUAUCUAUAAUGUAGGAACCGCUCUCGCGUAUUAUUUUUGCCAAAGCCUAUCCAACUGCCCACGACGUGAACUUGUUGACGAGAGGAUCGGAUCAUCUGGACAUCAUCAUCGGGUUUUCGUCGGGUGACAUUGUAUGGUUCGAUCCAUUAUGCAACAAGUAUGGCCGGAUCAACAAGGGCGUAAGUUUUAUAUUGAUCAUUCAGGCUUGCUUGAAAAACGCUAGUACUUUUUGUAAUAACUAUUCUUGUUUGACCC